AUGUCUAACAAAAAACGGAAAAUCGACUCGGAAUGUCGUGUUUUUAAAAAUCAGUGGGAUGACGAUUACUUUUGUAUAGAAUGGCAAAAUAAAUGUAUGUGUAUAAUAUGUAAAGAAACUAUUGCAGUUAAAAAAGAAUAUAACAUAAAACGACAUUAUGAAACUAAAUAUAAAGACAAAUUUAAAAAUCUAGAAGGAAAAGAAAGAAAAAAAUGUGUACAAAACGUUUCUACUGUCCGUGAUAGUUAUAGAGUUGCUCAGUUAAUAGCCAAAGAAAGUAAAUCGUUUUCUGAUGGAAAAUUUGUGAAGAAGUGUAUGUUAUAUGUUAUUGAUAAAAUAUGUCCUGAGAAUAAAUGUUUGUUUGAACAAGUUAGCUUGUCACGCCAAACAAUAACUAGAAGAAUAGAAGAUCUUGGACUCAAUCUUUUUGAACAAGUGCAAGACAGAGUAAAACAUUUUCAAUGUUUUUCAAUAGCAUUAGAUGAGAGUAUAGAUAUGGCACAACUUCUAUAUUUUUUACGAGGUGUGAAUGCAAGUUUUGAAAUAACAGAAAAGUUGGGAACGUUGGAGAGUUUGAGUGGUACUACAACAGGAGAAGAUAUAUUCAAAGCUUUAUUAAAUACAUUCAAAAAUCUAGGUCUUGAUUUUGAAAAUCUUGUUAGUAUUACUACAGAUGGUACAAAAAGUCACAUGGAUUGA